AUGGCUGCAUUUGAUGAGAUAUACGAUUAUGUUGAGAAGGAUACCUUCAAGAAAUAUUUCCGCCUCGCAGUAGUCAUAUUUGCAUACCUCAUAUUCCGUAAACUUUAUUCUCAAUGGGCAUCCAAGAAACAAACUGACUAUCAGCUUAGACUAGACGCACAAGAAAAGAAACUCAAAGCAGAGAGGGAUGAAAAAGAGCGAUUAGAAGCUGAAAAUAAGUUGAAUAAAGAAGCACUGGAGUUUGGAUGGGGUAAAAAGACGAGAAAAAAUGUCAAGGUUACUGAAUUGGUAUUGGAACAGAUGGCUCAAGAGACGAGGCAAAGACAUCAGACGAGUUAUGAUGCUCAGGAGGAUGCCGAUAUCGAUGAUUUACUAGAGGAUUAG